AUGGCUUCUUCGGCCGAUCAGUCCCAAGAGGACAAAAUCAAAGAUCUUUUAGAAGAUCUCGAUACCUACAGAUACAUCUACGAUGAUCUCCUCGCGACACGGGGUGCCUGUGCAGAAGCAGAUGAGCUUCGCGAUACCAUCAGAAAAAUGGAAGUCCAGGUUGCCGCGCUCCUAGGUGAUCCUGUUCCUGCCCCUCAAGCCGCCCUGACACCAACACUUCAAGCGCCGUCGCCCACUCCACUAGUCCGGACACCUGUGGCUGCGCCUCCACGCAUGGGGUCGAGUACUUUCACUGGGAUCCCCGGAGAUUCAUUUGCGUCCCCUCACUGGCCUUCUGCUGCGCCCUCUCCUUUCGCGUCCGGGUCCCGCCAUUCGACCGUGCUGCCGAAUUCACCGAUAACGCAACCUUCUCCAGAAAAUUCUCGUAAACGCCAGCGUCCACUAUCUCACAUCUCGCCCACGAUACAGGGAUCAUCAAAAAGGCUUGCUUCCUCGCAGCCUGCAUCUCGCAGAUCUCAACUCGAUGCGAUAGAUGCUGAACAAGCAGCCCGCCUUGCCGAGAAUAAGCGUUUGUACAAGCAAUGGAUUGAUGCGGCAGGUGACGAUGCAGAUCAGAUAAAGGAACUCCGAGAAGAGUGCGAUGAGCAGGCGAAGUUGAUUGAAACAGAGUUUCAAAUGGAACGAGACGCGGAAUUGGCUCGCGCGCUCCAAGCCGAUGAGGAUCACAGCCAACUCCCCAUGGAGGGCUUUAAUGAGCAGGAUUCUUGGAAUCUUCCAGAUCGCACUCAACCGGUAAAACUUGAACCUAUUUCAUCAAAAGCCAUUCGUGCCCCUCAAGCAUAUCCCCCGAUAGCCCCAUUCAAUAAACUCACUCCAUUCAAUUCCGACGAUGAGCUCCAAGAAAUCACAGCUGAUUCAUUCAAUUCUCGAUUCGGCAAGCAGCCUGCCCGCCAAUCCGGUUCCUUCAACUAUCCUCACCUGCCAUCUCUCCCUUCAACAUAUUCCAAAUCACCAUACUCCUCACAGGCUCCCCAUCCUUCGCAGAUGCCAUAUCCCUCCCAGUUGACAUACCCCUCUCAAAUGGCCUAUCCAUCUCAGUUGACAUACCCCUCCCAAAUGUCAUACCCUUCUCAAAUGUCAUAUCCUUCCCAAAUGGCAUAUCCCUCCCAAUUGGCGAAUUCCUCACAAGCUUAUCCCUCAUCACCAGCUUCCUCCCGAGUUCUUCCAUGGAAGCGCGAGGCUCCAUACUCUCCACUGCCGGGUGCCUUUGAUAAAUUUGACAAGUUUGACAAGGCGUUUGACCUGGUUCGCAAUCAAAACGAAAUAUUCGAUGAUGAUGCCGACAUAGUGGCCUACAACGAAAAAGAGUUCCCUGAAGAUAUCAAAAACUUGCUUAGCGGUAUCAAAGACAUUCGGGAGGCAACUAGAGCGGACAAUGAGGAGACACCAAGUGCACUUCGAGUCACAUUGAUGAAGCACCAGAAGAUUGGCCUGAAAUGGAUGAAAGCCAAAGAAGAGAGCAAUCACAAAGGAGGAAUUCUUGCAGAUGACAUGGGCCUUGGUAAGACUAUUCAAGCGAUUGCACUAAUGGUUGCUCGUCCAUUCGAAGAUGAAGACCGACGCCCGACUUUGAUUGUCGCGCCCAAGGCACUUAUGGAUCAAUGGAGACUCGAAAUCCAGCGCCAUGUCAAGCCAGGGAGACACCAAUUAUCGGUCUUGAUCUACCAUCAACGGCGCAGGCCCUGGAAGGAGCUCAAAAAGUACGAUGUCAUCAUCACGACGUUCGGUACCAUUACUGCGCAUUACAAAACAUUGCUCCAGGCGGAAAAACUGGCAGAGGAAGGGAGGGAUCCUUCGAUAAUUCAAGACUUGAAAAAUAUGUCUGGUCCUCUCAAUCCUGCCGCCAAGUGGCACCGAGUCAUUAUCGAUGAAGCACAGAACAUCAAGAAUCCAAGCGCAAAAUCCUCAACAGCAUGUUGUCGACUCAAUGCUACCUACCGCUGGUGUCUGACUGGUACGCCCAUGAUGAAUCGUCUCGAAGAUUUCCAGUCCCUAUUAGGAUUCCUCCGGAUUCGGCCUUAUAGUAACCCAGCAAAGUUCAAGGCGGACUUCGUGAAACGCAUCAAAUCUGGCUGGGGAGGGGAGGAUGUUAUGAAGCAACUACGCGUCCUAGUCAAGUCUGUCUGUCUCCGACGUACAAAAUCCUCCAAGAUUGAUGGCGAGCCCAUCUUACAACUCCCACCAAAGGUCACCGAAAAGGUCCAUGUUGUGUUUGAUGAGAGGGAAAGCCAGGUUUAUGAGGAGCUCAAUACGACCACUCAAAUGCAAAUCACCCGAUACCUCGAUUCCGGCACGCUGGGAAGAAACUACAGCCAUGUUCUAGUUCUCCUUCUCCGCCUUCGGCAGGCUUGUUGCCAUCCACUCCUCAUGCAGGAGUUCCGCAAUGAACCUGCCCCGUCUAUCCCAGGGGUAGAUAAGAUCGCUAACGCCAAGCUUCUCAGCGCUGCUGUGGUGCAGCGUAUCUUAUCAAAUGACGGAGAAGAGGAUGGCACCUGUCCCGUCUGCAUGGACAGUGUCAAAAAUGCUACUAUUUACAUUCCAUGUGGACACCAUGUGUGCUCGGAAUGCUGGAUCCGCAUUUCCGACUCUGCUACUACAAACGGAGCCAUCAACCUCGAAGACGAUGGUCCAGCUGUGAUCAAGUGUCAGAAUUGCCGAGGUCCUGUGGACCCUGCGAAGCUCACCGACACCAAUGCGUUCAAGCAGGUUCACGAUCCAAGCUCAAUGCCUGAAUCUGCCGCCGGAGCCGCCGACACCAACGGGGUCAAUGACGACGAAGACUCAGAAGCAACAGCGAGCAGUGAUGAGACUGACUCCGAUAGCUCUACUGAAGGGGGCGAGGGGGCAUCAAAGAAGAAGUCCAAAUCCAAGUCUCUGGCCGAGCUGCGAAAGGCCGCCUUGAGAAACAAGGCCGAGAAGAAGAAAUACCUUCGUCGCCUCGAAAAGGGCUGGUUCCCCAGCACAAAAAUCACCAAGACUCUAGAGAUCCUCCAGGCCAAUGAAGACCGCGGCUUGGAAGAGAAAACUAUCAUUUUCAGCCAGUUCACCUCUCUCUUGGAUCUUCUCGAAGUCCCCCUCGCCCGCCGCAGCUGGAACCACACACGCUUCGACGGCAGCAUGAACUUGAAGGAACGCAACGCCGCCGUGACGGCUUUCACCAACGAUCCCGCCUGCAAGAUCAUGCUCGUCUCCCUCAAGGCUGGUAACUCCGGCCUGAACCUCGUCGCCGCCUCGCAUGUCAUCAUGUUCGAUCCUUUCUGGAACCCAUACAUUGAAGACCAGGCUGUUGAUCGUGCCCAUCGCAUUGGGCAGGUUCGAGAGGUUUUUGUUCACCGUCUGCUUAUUGAGAAUACCGUCGAGGACCGCAUUGUUACUCUUCAGGACCAGAAGCGAGAACUGAUUAGUGGUGCUCUCGAUGAGGGUGGUACUAUGAAUGUCUCCCGACUGGAUGCGAGGGAACUUGCUUAUCUCUUUGGUGUGAGGGACUUGUAA